GACACCCAAACUAUGCGCUGCCUUGUGGUGUUUGAGUGUGUUCUUUCAAAUCAAGUCAAGGGUGAAGUUACCUCAGGUCUUUGGAGAGGUGAGCAUCACUUGACAUUGGUUAGUAAACUUAAUAUCCACAUAUGCGGAUGGCCCAAUCCUAAAAGUAUUUUUGGUAUAAUCAUCAUCCGUCGAAAACCACUGUAAAUGUGAACGCUAUAUAUAUGCGUAAUCGUGGGUUGCGCGUGAGAAAUGUUUACCAUAUAAGUGAAACUCAAUGUCAUGUUUCAUUGAAUCUUCUCUUUAUUUUAACGGCGAAAAAAAGGCGUCCUUGCAUUAUCUUGCAGUAGUUUGCCGAAGUCUCCAGCAGAGGGCGCAACACUUCAAUAAUACUCUUCUGUCCUCAAGACUGUUUUACCAUCUAUGGUUUGAUUCAGCUUCCAUUCUUCUGCCAUUCGGGAUUUUAUCAUCAUACAUUUUCCAGACUGGGACACAAUCUGCGAUACUGUAGUGAAUUUUAAUAAAUGUAGGCACAUACAUUCAUGUAACUUUGACGCUUGGAAAAUACAAUUUUAACUGUACAUAAAGGCUAGAAGACAUGCAGUGUUUCUGUUUCAUCGCAACAAAAAUAUGUAAGACAACACUUAAAAGUAGGAAAUGUUUUCAGUAAAUAAAAUAUAUAUAUAUUUGUCAUUGCUAAGUGCUUGUAAACAAGUAAGGCUUGGUAAUACAUAAAGGAUGGCAGCACUUCAGAGGCAUCCCAGUAUUAGGUUGUCCAGCUUAGGCGCUAUCCUGGACAGUUCAUGGAUAGCAGGUUGCUACAUGGCUUUGAAAAUACAUGGCAGGGUUGAAGAAUACUUCUCCAGUUCUUGAAGUCUCUGACACGUUAGUAAGCUUGGACCUGGUUUGGUAGAAGCUGACAUCCACUGCUGACAUGGUUCAUCACCUUCUGCUUGAGCUGGGCGACUUGCUCUCUGAGGACGCUGGCCGUGGACGCCAGCUCGGUGUUCUGGGUCUUCAGGCUCUUCACCUUGUCCUCCAACCGAGAGAUCCGCUCCAGUUUCCGCUUCCGACAUUUGGAGGCGGCUAUCCUGUUGCGCAGCUUCUUCCUCUCCGCCUUGAUGCGCUCUUGGUUGUCCAUGUCGAUGGGGGAUAGAGGCGGACUGUCACCGAAGCUCUGCAUGUCGGGGACUGUCUGCGGCUCGUCCUUCACCAUCCCGGCCGUCUGGAGUCGCGUGAGAGCCGCGGCGGCUGCCGCCUGCUGCUGCCCGCUGAGGGGCGGCGGAGGCGGCGGGAAAGGGACGGUGUCCGUGGGGUAGUUGAUGGUGGCGGUCCCUCCCAGCGGGCUGGCAGCAUAGCCGUUUAAGGUGGUGUACACCGGGAGGUCAGUCGUCUGAAGCCCGGCGGAUCCCACCUGGUUGGCGGAACCGAGCAGCUCCAGUCGGUCCACAGACACGCAGCCCGCCUCUGUCAGCUGGUUCUGCUUGUGGAGAUCCUCCAGCGCUUUAACGAACCCCUCCGCGAACUCCUGCUCGUCGCUGGCGGACUUCGGGAAGAGGAACUGCGGCGCUGGGUUGGACUGGAUGAUGAGGCGCUCCAAGUCAGGAGACGCGAGUUUGAGGAUCCCCAAGUCCGGGGAGUUGAGGAGCCCCUCUGGGUUCGGCUUCAGCUCGGAGGUCUGGUCGCUCAGGUUGAGGUUGAUCUCCUUCUUCAUCAUGGUGCUGCGCGUGUAGAUGGAGGUGGGAGAGUGGACCGCGGUUUCCAUGCUACACCCUCACAUGAGGGAGCGAGGAGCGACGCAUUCACUUUCGCUUCCGUCAAAUCCAAGCGCGAGAAAAUCAGACGAGCCUUCUUCCUGAGAACCGCUUCCUUCUUGGGUCUCUCUGUCGAACGGAGGCGACGGGCCCCGGGCCUGAGCGUCUCCUCUCUCCCUUAUGGCACGACUGCUAUGCGCAGCACCAGACCUCACUCGCUUUCUAGCCCCAAAAAUUCCAUUAUGUCACUUCAGAGCGCUGAGAUUGGCCCAAAAUGACGUUGGUUUCCGGCUCCAUUUGAAUAAGGGGCCGAGACAGCCUGUGUUGCCAUGGAGACUCGUAGGUAAACUACAAACAGUGCAAUGCAUUGUGGUUUGAUGUCAUAGAAUGAAAAAGCUCCGGGACGCCAGAAGAGACUGGGCGGGGAGAGCAGAGGAACAGGCCUCGCUGACAUGUUCCCGACUACACAGGCACUUCAGCUCAAGUGGAAAAGACAAGCUCCAACCGAUUGUAUCCGUGAAAGAACACAAGUGUUGGGUAAGACUUUCCCUGACCCGGAGAGAAGGGAAAACAGCUGCAACUGGAAUCAAAUCCAUCAAAUUCGACUUGAAUCUAAGCAAUGUGUCCUCUGGCUUCACAGUGGCUCUCAAGUUUUACAUUAAUAAAUAAAAGCCAAUAAUGAAUUAAUAAGCGUAGAGAUAUAGAUUUCUAUUUCUAAAUUAGUCUCGAUUGUAAAUGCAGUAAUAUACAGUAGUCAUGAAGAUGUAAUGCUUCAAAGAUUAAAUGAAAAAAAUGCACAGCGAUAAAUAUAAUAUUUCACUAGAAUCAUAAAUAUAUUUUAUUAUAACAAUGGUUUCUAGUGGAUACAAAGGCUCCUCCUCAACAAGGCUUGUCUGCAUCAGCACCACGGAGCUGCAAGGGCAUCAUUAGUAACCAUGGCAACACUGACAUAGCAAGUGACGCAGGAGAAGCGAAAAGGUGAAUGGGUUGAGGAGGAGAGGGAUUCGGUGCCGUGAGAGAGGAGCUGCAGUGCAGCUUGUUGGAGGUGUUUAUGAAAUGUGUGUGCGGCUCAGAGACAUGAGUGGAUGCCGACUCUCUAAUUUAAGGAGUGUGAAGCGGAGCAGACACAGGUUAAACCUGUCACAUGUUCUACCUCCGCCCUCUGGAGAGCAUAUUUCCUCUAGUGUGCCAGGUUGAAGCCACAUUAGGUGCAGUGUCCAGAGCGCGUGAGUCAUUUCACAACCCAGGGGUGUGGACCACGGCACGCACUGAAAAAAAAAGUAUCUUGUAGAACGCUCCUCGCUCGCUCUGUCUUCAGGACGGUCGCCGGCUAAACUCUGAGGUUUUGUUGUUGCUUUGGGUUCCUCUCUCCUGGGAGCAGCAAACCGGGCACACAUGUUUUCAGACACGCCCUUACACAAGCUCAUGCUCACAGGCGGAGGCUGUUUGGUGAAACCACAGAGCAGCUCCACCGGAACAGAUGGCCGGGGGUCAGAUGUUCACUCAUGGGGGCUUUGGAACGGUCCUCAGUGAGGGGAGGAGGUUCGCUCGGUUUAUUAUCAGCUGCCUGGAUCUAUAACCUGAAUCAGUGUUUUUCUUUUUAUAACACCAGCGCCACGCUGAAUCGCGUGGGUCCAAACAUAUCUCUGAAAUGUCUCUAUGGCCUUCAUUAGUUUGGUCAUAGGAAGAUGCAAUGAUGUGAUGCCGCAGUAGACAGACGUGUGGUGUAGCGCAUAUAAAUUAAUAUAACAUAAUUAAUUUUGUGAAAACAGGAAAGAGGCAGAUGCAUUGGAAGGUGUGGAGAACAGAAAUGAUAUCAUGAAUAAGAUACCUGAAAUCUGGUGAUAAUUGUGAGGAGAUUUAAGAUACUUUGAAUUCACUUGGAAACUAAAACUAAAACAUUACAAUGGAGUUAUUUUUUUCGCAUAAAAUGUGUUGCUAAUACUUUGCUAGUCACGCUCCAGGCCAAAAGGUGGCGCUGUGGGCACAUUAUUUUAAGCGUGACUGAAGACGACGAAGAGGAAGAGAAGGGGGGCGGAGGAGGAGGAAGGGAUACUACAGCAGUAGACGUACAGCAGGCUUCUUCUGAAGAAUAUAGAAAAUACUGAGGGAACAUGGCAAGCAGGAAGAAGGUGGUCGUCACAGGGUUUGAGCCCUUCGGAGAGCAUGCGGUCAACUCCAGCUGGGUGGCAGUUCAGGAGCUUGAGCGACUGGGCCUGGGGGACUCCACUGAUCUUCACAUUUGUGAGGUGCCUGUUGAAUACCGGGCAGUACAGAGUCUUAUUCCAGCCCUAUGGCAGCAGCACCAGCCACAGUUAGUGAUCCACGUCGGCGUCUCUGGACUUGCGACGGCAAUCACCCUGGAGCAAUGCGGCCGCAAUGAAGGCUACAAACGUCCAGACAACUGCAGGUUCUCGCCAGACUCCCAGUGUUGCGUGGAGAAUGGCCCUCACUGCCUCGAUUCUGUCCUGGACAUGGAGGCGGUGUGCAGGAGGGUCAGAGAAUCCCACCCUGGCCUCCCAGUGACCGUAUCCAAAGACGCUGGAAGAUACCUAUGUGACUACACCUACUACUCCUCUCUGUUCCUUGGACACGGCCGUGCGGCCUUCAUACACGUGCCGCCUCUCGGGAAACACUUCAGCAGCCUGGAUCUCGGAACAGCCCUUCAGGUCGUCAUCAGGGAGAUGCUCAACCUGCUGGAUGAACCCGAGCAGGCGGAAGACAUCAAGUUCUGCUUUCACAAACACCAAGAAGUGAACGCAGAUAAAUAACCACCGUGGACCAAUUUGUCCAAGCAAACUGUCAGUUUUUUAACUGGAAAUUAUAGCCUGUGUGAAAAACACUCCCAACAUGUACUGUGAGUCAGUAAAUGACAUGCUGGUGCAACUCUAGAUUGUCCAAUACAGGACGAAUGAAAAUGACAUGUUAAUGAAGCCCAUAUGUGCAUGUUUGCGCAAAUGUGUGUUGGAAUGAAUAUACUGUGUCUUCCUCUGAUCUUAUGCAAAACAGAUGUGAACUUUUCAUAAUGUGGGAAUAAUCUAUGGUGAUUCCAUGUACAGUAAUAUUUUAGCACUACUGUCACACACUCAUGGUUUGUUGCUGUAAUAACAUUAUUUUACUGUAGUUAUUGUAUAAUGUAAUUUAUGUGUGUAUUUUUUUUAACUUCCCGUACAAUUUUUACCCCUUUGGUUUUUUGAUAUUUGCCACCAAAAUGUGAUUUUCAAAGACACAAAUCAGUCUGUGGAGUUUGCCUCAGGGAUAUCAUGCGAAAACAAUCAAAUAAAUACAAUUUCUAUGCAUGUAAUUGUGGUUUUGUAUAAAGUCACUGUAUUCCAUUUUCAAUACUCCAGUUUCCUCCCACAGUAAAACAGCUGGUGUGGUCUCUCGCUCACAGUAAAGCAAACCUUGUGGACAUCAGUGAGCUUUUAA